AUGGUGGAUAAUAACGGUGGUGGUGGUGAUGAUUUUGAUCAAAUAUCCGAGGGAACAUUUGAGGUUGAUGAAAAUUCACAGGCGACAUCUGGUGGUGGGGGUCAACAACAGCAACACGAGCAACAAACACAGCAGGAUGAAACUACAGAAGAUGGAGAAGGAGGAGGAGCAACAGCAGCCGAGGGUGCUGUAGAAACUGGACAUGAUGAUGAAGGUGGUGGUGACGGUGAUGGCGAUGCGGAUGGAGAUGUUGUGGGUGAUUCUAAUGAAAAUACUGAAUCGCAAAGUUUCGAACAAUUCGAUCCAAAUGUGGCCACAACAAAUGCAGCAAGCGGUGAAGCUGAUGAAUCCGAUAUGCUGGGUGGCGCAGAUAACACUUUGCCGACACAAAAUAAUGAAGCUGAGGCGGGUGAGGAGGACGAAGGUGAGGUAGAGGGCAAUGGGGAAGAAGGUGGUGGAGAUACCACCGAGGAUCAUGCCAUGGAUGUUGAUGAUCAAAACGCCGAGGAAGAAGAGGAGGAGGCCGAUCAAGAGAAAAAUGGCAAUGGCGACGACAAUGAUCAGGAAGAGGAAGACAUGGAAACACUGCAACAGGAAUGCGAUGAUGAAGAGAAAUCAUCAAACGAUAACAAUGAGGAGGAACAUAAAGAAGAUGAUGCCACUGAAGAGUCGCCUAAAGACGAUGAUGCCAGCAAUGAAAAGACCAACAAGGAUACGACACAAAAUGAAAAUCAAGAUGCCGAGGAUGAUGUCGAAAAUGUCCAGGAGCCUGAGGAAUCAGAUGUCUGUCUAAUUCCCGAUGACACCGAGUCUACGGUUACCGAUGCCGAAAAAGAGCAAGCCAUAUUGGCCAGAGAAAAUGCUGAAAAAGAUACGCCAACUGAGACAUCCAAUGAAAAUGUGGACGCUGAAGCUAAUGCUGAUGCUGGAGAAGCUGAAAACAGACAGGAUACAGAGGAUAAUGCCGAAAAAUCAAAUGCAACUGAAUCGAAUGCUCAAGCUACUAAUAAAGCUGGAGCUGAAGCCGAAGUCAAUACAAUAAAUGAAGAAAAUCAAGAACGUAUUGAAGAUAAUCAAGGUAAAAUUAGUUUUCUAUAG